AUGACCAAACAUCAUGCAGCGCAUCUUCAUCGAUCCUACAAACGAACAACCUCCGACGCGCGAUCUCCCCGGGCAGUUGUUUUGCCGGAUACACUCCCACCAGCCAAGGACACGAAACAGCACCCCACUGAUCUGGGAAAUGAGAAUGCUUCGUUAUUCUUUGUUGGGACGGCGACGGUGAUUAUAGAAUGGGCUGGGAUUCGGAUUAUGACUGAUCCCAACUUUCUUCAUGCCGGUGACCAUGCCCAAUUUGGCGCAGGCGUUUCCAGCGAGCGGCGCACUAAUCCGGCUGUCGAGCUGCACGAUCUACCUCGGAUUGAUCUUGUUCUUUUAUCGCAUUAUCACGGUGACCACUUCGACCAAAAAGUGGAAGCCUCCCUCCGCCGCGAUAUCCCCAUCAUCACCAACCCCCACGCCCGAGUCCAACUCACCAACAAAGGCAGCGAGUCCUUUACCAAUGUCUCCGCCCUGGCCCCCUUUGAGACGGGCCUGGUCGAGAUUGGCGGUACCGGCGGCGUGAAACGACCACUGCUACGCAUCACGGGCAUGCCGGGCAGACACGUACCCAGCAAUGCGGUAGUUGGGCUACUUAAUAAAAUGGCCAACGCAGUGAGUGGCACGUCCUUUUACCACAGUAAUCCCACUCCUCUUAAAAGACAUCAAUUUCCAACUCUCGUUCUUUCUUUUCUAGAUCCCCCCACAACAGGCUGGAUCCUCGAACUCGGCACCAGCGCCGACACCCACGAUCCCACCGACUUCGCCCCAGGCUACCGCAUCUACAUCACGGGUGACACGCUCUUCACCGAAGACCUACACGCCAUCCGCGAGAAAUACACCGCGACCGACAACCCGAUCGACCUCAUGCUAGUCCAUCUGGGGGGGACCAUGAUCCCCUCGCCCGCGUUCUCCCCGCUGUCGUUCAUGGUCAGCAUGGAUGCGGCGCAGGGUGUGCGAUUGAUGAAAAUGGUUGAGCCGGGAGUGACGAUUCCGAUUCAUUAUGAUGAUUACGAGGUUUUUGCGAGUGGGGUGGCGGAGUUUGAGGGGGAGGUGGGGAGGGAGAAGGUGGACGGGGGUGGGGUGGUUAUUUUGGAGAGGAGGGAGGCGUUUGAAUUUCGGGUGCGAGGGGAGGUUGGGAGGAUGAGGGAGGAGGAGGCGUAUUUUGGGGGUGGGCGGAGUAGUCCUUGA